AUGGCGGCGCUGGUGGCGGCUGAGGCCGCAGCGUCCCCGACGCCCCCCGGCCCAACCGAAGUGCCUGAGACUGCCGACGCGGCGGAGCUAAGCCGUGUGCUGAGUCGCCUGCUGCCCGGGCUGGAGGCCGACAGCAAGCUGGGCCGGCGGCGCGCGUUAGAAGCGCUGCAGCGCGCAUUGGAGUCCUCGGUGUCCGAGGCACCCGAAACCGACCCUGCCGCAGCUGCAGCUGCCUUUCAGGUGGUGCCCGCGCUUGCUGCUCGCCUAGCGGGGCCGGAGCCCACGCGCCGCCAGCCGCCAGAGCCUUGCGAGGAACUGCGCCUGGCGCUCGUGGAGCUGCUCGGCUUGGCUGUGCGCCUGGGCGGCUCUGCGCUUGCACACCACCUGGACGACGCAGUGCGUGUGCUGCGCUGCACGCUGCUGGACCCCUUCGCGGCCGUGCGCCGCGAGAGUUGCGAGUGCGCAGCCAGUCUCGCGCGCGCCACGCCAGACCACUUCCACAUGCAGUCGGAGUCUCUGAUCAGCCCCCUGAUGCAGACCAUCUCCCACCAGCACUGGAAGGUUCGGGUGGCUGUCAUUGAGGCCACAGGCACAGUGAUCCAGUUUGGCAACGCGAAGUCUGUGGAUGACGUGCUCUCUCAUUUUGCUCAGCGGCUCUUUGAUGACGUCCCUCAGGUUCGACAAGCAGUGACUUCAGUAGUGGGGGGCUGGCUACUGAAUCUUCGGGACCGAUACUCCUUCUUCCACAAGCUCAUCCCGCUACUGCUGAGCAGUCUCAGUGACGAAGUGCCUGAGAUUUCGCGCUCAGCUACAAGCCUAUGGGAGCAGGUGGGCCUGCAGUGGCAGCAGGAGAAUGAGCAAGACCUGAAGGACAAACUUGACUUUGCCUCACCCCCUCCAGCCCACUACCCUUUUCCAGAGAAUCGUCCACCGUUGGGCUGUCGGGAGCUCAUCUUCAGAAACCUCUCCAAGAUCCUUCCUGCCAUCUGUCACGACAUCACCGACUGGGUGGUGGGGACCAGGGUGAAGGCCACGCAGCUGCUGGCCGUGCUGCUGUUGCACGCUGAGGACCACAUCACGCAGCACCUGGAGCUCCUGCUCCGAACCCUGCAGCUCGCCUGCGCCGACGAGGAGAAGGCUGUGGUCAGCAGUUGUAAAAGGUCCGCAGAGCUCAUUGGGACUUUUGUCAGCCCAGAAGUGUUUCUGAAGUUGAUCUUGUCAAUGCUGAAAAAGUCACCCUCCUCCUCCAGCCUCUUGAUCCUUGCUGCAGCCAUCCGAGGCUGCCCUAGGGAAGCCCUCCAGCCACACCUGAAGGUCAUUGCCAUGGAACUGACCCAGACUCAUAUCUGCCAAGCCUCUGAGAAACAGCUCUACGGGGAGCACCUACUGCUCUGUGUGCAGGCUGUGGUGGCAGCCUGCCAGAGCGACUGCCGCGACUUCAGCUUGCAGCUCAUGGAAGUGCUGGUGACUGUGAUGGCUCUGUGGGGCGCCUCAGGCCUUAGUGACAAGGUCCAGGAGACCAUGGACUCACUGGCCGAGGUGGAGGGUGUUGAUGGCAGCCAGGGUCUCUACAGAAAGCACGUGAGCGCCCUCAUGGAGUGGCUGGCGGGAUCACACCAUGAAUGGACCGUCUACUCUGCUGAACUCCUGCAGUUCAAUGUGGUCGUUAUGCAGUCAGGUCCUGCCCUGGGUGAAGCACUGCCUCACCUGGUCCCCAUUCUCAGGGGCUGCCUCCAGCCAGCCAGAGAGCCGCAGAUGCGCCUGAAGCUCCUCUCCAUCCUGUCCCAGGUGCUGCUGCGGGCCAAGGAGACUGUGGACUCCCAGGGGCAGUUUCCUACCUACCUUGACACAGUGCUCAAAGACAUCUUGGUCCCCAACCUGCAGUGGCACGCAGGGAGGACAGCCGCCGCCAUACGCACGGCCACCGUGUCUUGCCUCUGGGCGCUCAUCAGCAGCGAAGUCUUGUCUGCCGAACAGAUACAAGAAGUGCAAGAAACAUUAACACCUCAGAUUAUGACCACCCUGGAAGAAGAUUCUCAGAUGACUCGGUUAAUGUCAUGCCGAAUUAUUGACACCUUUUUAAAAACCUCUGCUGGUGUGCUUGAUCCAGAUAAAUUCAUCAAGAUUUAUCCUGAACUGUUAAAACGUCUAGAUGAUGUUUCCAAUGAAGUGAGGCUGGCAGCUGCGUCCACCCUGGUCUCCUGGCUGCAGUGCAUCAGCAGUGACAGUGGGAAAUCUUAUUACCAGAGUAACAUCCAGUAUCUGUACAAAGAGCUCCUCGUAUACCUCGAUGAUCCAGACAGCGCCAUCCAGGAUGCAGUUUUAGAGGUCCUCAAAGCAGGCAGUGUCCUGUUUCCCGAGCUCCUGGUGCGAGAGACGGAGGCUGUCAUCCACAAGCAUCGCUCGCCCACGCACUGUGAGCAGCUCCUGCAGCACAUACAGGCCUUGCCACCCGCUCAGUGACCAGGCCCUGGGGGCGGAGCUCUCAGUGCGCAGCUAUGGGUGGAGCAAACAACAAACUGUCAUCCUUAUCUGGACUAGGAUCUGUGGCCUUUAAACCUCUUAACAGGGCAUCUUUAUAUCAACAGCCUACAAUACUCACAAGUAGGACUUAAAGCAAGAAGGUAUUCCCUAAAAACAUGCCCAGUGUUCUCCAGCGACCGCUUUCCAAAUCCAGCAGUCUCCGAGGUAACAUUCACCAUGGAACUUCUAUAUCUCUGUGUCUUGUUUGUGCCUCUCUUGAGAGGUCUAUCAGACAUCUACAACUGACUUGAAAAAAAAAAACCAAGUGUCAGCUACUCAAAGUCUUUUUUUCUUUAAAGACCCGCGUGCACUGGUAGGUUCAUAGGUUAUUGGUUCUGUCUUGCUUAAAUGUCCAUCAGGAAAGUUCUUGACUUUUUAAGUCAAAGUGAUUAAAAAUAAAUUUGGGGGAAGGAGGAAGUACUGUCUACUACAACUUAAUAUCUCAGUAAACAGAUUUAAAGGAAAUUUGAAAUCUUAUCAAUGAAAAUGUUUUCAUUUAAAAACAUACUGGAACUUAAAAUGUUACAUGGAUAUAAACAUUCACAGUAUUUUUUCUUAAGUGAGUAAUGCUAACAGUAUUGAAAAUAGAAUAUUUAAUUGGAUAUGAUUUUGGUUGCUCUCUUACAAGUAGCAGUAAAGUUAAAUUCUAUUUUAACACUUUCUACACCCAAGUGCCUAAAAGAGUUCACUUAAGAGGGUAGUAUUUCCAUAAGCCCAAUUAUUUAUAUUAAUAGAAGGAAGAUAAUGCUGUGUGUAUUUUCCAACAAUCAAAUGGUAACA